CUUACUAUGUAUCAUUCACAUAUAUUUUAGUUUGAGCCCCAAGAAACACAUUCUCCACAGACUUUUGCUUGUUUUUUGCAAGUCCAGACAUGAAGAAACAUGUAAAAACCGUGAAAGAGAGGAAGGACCAAGUGUUCAACCGUGAUUGCAAACCGGAAGUUGAUGAGUGGAAGGACUCGGAGGGGGAGGAGGGGGAGCAGGAGGAGGAGGAGGAGGGCGAUGGGCAGCCGGAGGUCGUGGAGGAGAUUCCUUGGGAGGAAAUGAGGCGCGAGAUGGGUGCCAUGAACCGCACCCUGGACGAGAUGCAGGCCCACCUGGCCAUCGAUCCCUACGAGCGUGCCUCCAAAGCGGACGAGGCGGCGGCGGAGAAGGUGGGCCUGGAGCCGGAGGACUCCCGCUGGAUGGUGCUACACGGCAGCCGGGAUCCCAGUGUUAGGGACUUGCAACUGAAUAACCUUCGCAUUCACCGCCAGCUGGAUGCCCUACUUCGCUGCUCGGAGCUGGGUGAUGGACGCAUCUUGGCCCUGGAUCGGCUGUAUUCCCGGCAGCAGAAGGAUCUGGUCAUGUGUCGCCAGCAGCACGAUCGCGUCCUCUCCUUUCACCUGACCAAGCAGCUGGAGGCGGGCAAGUGCCUCCAGCGGUAUCGAUAUGCUCGCGAUUUGUAUGCCAGCUGGCGGGAGCUCUUCAAGAUGGGUCGCCACCUCAAGGAGGCCUACAAGAAGACCCUGGAGCGCACUCAGUCCCGGCUGGAGUAUGUGGAGUUCAAGAGGCGGGCUCUGGACGAGAUUACGGUGGCCCACGAGCAGUGCCUGGGCUCCACGCGACAUCUGCUGACCCGGGUGCGGGAGGUGGAGCUCGGCCUGGCCCCACUGGGCUUCUCGCGGGUCCAGUCGGUGGCCUCCCGCCAUCAGGACAGCCAGGGAUCCGCGGUUACGGGGGCCGGCAGCGAGAUCCACCGGCUGGAGGAGCAGGUUCAUCCCGUCAUCGUGAUGGAGAAUCACUGGCAGCGGCGCUCCUUCCGCACCGUCCGGUUCGCCCGCGGUGAGCUGCUCCGUCUGCCGAUCUUCGUUCCGCCCGUGGAGAAGACCUGGUACGGCAAGAUGCGCUUCAUGCUGCUCAACCCACCGAAGGCUAGAUGAUUUCCACAGUUCAUCACGAAAUCCUAGGUUUUCCCCUGCUUAAGGGGGGUUUAAAAGCACUCAAAAGUAUGCAAUUAAAUAUUAAUAAAGUGGUUUACAAUUGUA